GAGCCAGAUAUCCACUCAUAUCCAUUGACGUGACCAAAGACUUAAUGGGCAAGUUAAGAUACAAGCGUACAUACAUUUACAAUUAUUUGCGUAUCACCUUGUUCGAAUUUCAUCGCCGAUCGCUCUCGCUCAACGCCAUAUCCUAUAAGGUCAAAAUUAAGGCGCUGCAGAUGGACAACAACAACCGUCAGACAGCGGAAGGGCAUAUUCUGAUGCCCGGUCAGGUGAUCGGCGGCGAUUGGAGGACUCAGCUGCAGCAGGAUUCCAGACACAGGAUUAUAAACAAGAUAACGGAGACAUUGAAGAGGCAUCUUCCUUUCUCUGGAGAAGAGGGACUGCAGGAACUCAACAAAAUAGCAGUCAGAUUUGAGGAGAAAAUAUACACUGCGGCAACUAGCCAGUCAGAUUAUUUAAGAAAAAUCUCUCUCAAAAUGUUGACGAUGGAGACGAAAUCUCAGAAUUCUCUUAAUAGCAAAAAUCCCCAAGAUACAGUUCUUGCAGCAGCAGGCCAAUAUCUUCUCACGGAUGAUCCGGAGAUAUCGAAUUUGUCGAGCGCCCUCUUAAACAUGCCCCCGCUUGGUUCCCCGUCGAUGGAUGAAUGAAGGAGAAACAGAACCACUGCAUUCCUUUGUUAUGUUGUCACUUUGCUUUCUUAGUUAUGUGUCUGUGACUCUUGAGUUAUGGCAUGUUUAAACCUGUGGAGAAAUUCAUCAUCUCUCUUUUUAUAGGAUUGUAAUGUAUGCUACAAUCAAUUGGAAUAAGGCACCAACUUGUGUGGUGCCAUUAUCGACACUUCCCUUGUUUUAAUGAGUUCAGUAAAAUUUCCUAUUCUAUUC